AUGGACUUGGUCAUGACUUCUGCUUCUAUGCCAUUUGUAGCAGGUCCUUCGUAUCAUUACAAAAAUCUGGGACAACAUGUGGACUUGGCUUCGUUGAACUCGACAAUGGAUUUCUUUGCUUCACAGCCAGAGACGGUCACUAUUCUGAAGUCUCAGUAUGAGAAUCUCCUUCGAGCAGCCAGGCAAUUUGAAAAUCUCAGGAACAGCCUUCUGAGGGGCGGCGUUAGUUCAGAAGACCUCGAUGUCCUCGUGAACGACGCAGUUGCACCCCUCGCAGUCGACGAAAAACCUGUGCAGAAAUCGUACGGUCAAAACCAUCAUUCAACGAAAGGUGCCUCUCUAUCUACACGAAGAGUAUCGUCUGGUGCUAUACCAGUCAGUAUUAGACCAAACCACAAACCAAGCCACAAAACGCACAAACACGACAUCUUCCCUUAUGAAGACAGAUUUGAAGACGACGUCAAUGACGAACAAGUAGAAAUCGACGAAGCAGAGGAUCAGUACCCUCAAGCAAACGAUGAGCAACAAAGCCCUGGCGCCGAUGAAUUCGAUGAUAACGACAAACAAAGCACAAUCGAAAUGCGCAACCUCCCCGAACGCUGCACCCACCUCGACAUCACAAAGUCCGUUCGAGGUGGAGCUCUAGUUCAAAUUUUCAUGCGCUUCACGGAACGUGCAGCUCGCAUCACAUUUGUAGAUGCAGCAGCCGCAUGCGAAUUUCUGGCUCGAGGGAAACGGGUUGGAUUUUCCAUUCAUAACAAAAAGGUCGACCUAUCCUGGAGUGGACAUCAAUUCACCGUCCGCCCCUACAUCAAACAAUCCAUCACCCUCAACGGCGCAACCCGCAAUCUAAUUAUCAAGAACACAAAUUCCAACAUCACGCCCGCUCUGAUUCGUGAGCACCUGGACCACAUCCACAACCUGAUCGUCAUAAACAUCAAAGUCGACCACAUGAACCGCAGCAUCUGCAUAUGCACGAAUUCAGUACACAAUGCAAUGUUUGCGCGGUCUUGUAUGAGAUCCCGGGCAGUGUAUAAGGGGAUGAAAAUUGAUUUUGGGGCUGAUGAGUGUGCGGAGUCGUGGCCUUCUACUCCUGUCCCUUCGUCAUCGUUGUCGGCGACUGCGCCGGAGUAUCAGGCUUCAUCAACCUUGCCUCGAGUCAAAGGUCGGAUGCAGUUGCAGCAGAGACAAAGUUCUGCAGGAUGCUCGAUAUCGAAUCGGUUUGAUUUGUUGAGUCUUGAUUCAGGGGGUACUGAUUCUGAACUGGGCGAGGAAUCCGAUGAUGAGGACUGUUGA